AGCGCGUCCAUCUGCUGUGGACUGGGCAUCAGGCCUUCUGCUUGCUCUGCAAAGGCCGCCUCUGGGCGAGCCCGGGACCCGCUCCCUCGCUGCUGUCGCUGUUGUUCUGGACCCCGGCCCCGGCCCGGGCCCCGGCGUUUGCAGAACGGCUGCCCGUCCCGGCUUUCUAGGCCUGUUUCCGGGGUGUAAACAGCUGGUGCCUGCCCGUGAAGCCAGCCUCCCGUCACAGCUGCCAGAAGCCCCAGCCUCGGCCACACAGGGACACCAGCUCGACCAGCCCACCUUCUCAGGGCCCCCAAGUCUCCCCGGGCUCCUAGCCGCUGCUGUCAGCAUGGCCCAGGCGUCUGCAGACAUCGAUGAGACAGACCUUGAGCAGAGGAUCCUGCAGGUGUUGAAGGGCGCUGGCACCCCUGUGAAGGCUGCCCAGCUGGCAAAGGAAUGCCAAGUGCCCAGGAAGGACAUCAACCGUGUUCUCUACCGGAUGAAAGAUAAGUUGCAAGUGGAUUGCGAUGACUCUGCGAAAUGGCGCUUGAGAGAGGGUGGGCCUGGAGAAAUGGUUCCCGCAGAGCCGGCCCAGCCCAGCCAUGAGCUGCAGGGACAGAUCUUAAGGUUGCUGGAAGCCAGCGGGCCCCAGAGGGCCUUGAGCAUCGCCCGGUCCCUGGGGAUGAAGACGUCAAAGGAUGUCAACCGAUACCUGUAUGCCAUGCAGGAAAAGCACCUUCUGGACUUCGAUAAGAAUUCAAAAACAUGGACAAUUUAUCAACCAGGGACUCCCAGGGCCCCCCGCAUCAUUUACCAGCAAAGCCCUGUCAUGAUCUGUCAGAACGGACCCCACAGCCACAUCUCCAUCCAGAACUCCGAAGCCGUCCAGAUUGGACACGGGAACACCAUCGUGAAACUAACGGCCCCUGCGGAGAGCGGCUCCACGGCUCCCUGCUACCUCCUUCCACCACCAGCAGCGGGUCCCUUGGGUCAGGAUCCCCCGGCUGGAUCCUGGGGGCCACAGGACAUCCGCAUAGACAGUUCUGUGCUCAAAUCCGUGCAGCUGGGACAAGGCAACAAGAUGAACGUGCACAGCACCCCGGCCACGGGCCCUGGCCACAGCCCCCCAGUCUCUGCCGCCACUACUGGCCCAGAAGAAAUCCGAAUGCCCGCACCAGGACCUCACCCCGAGGGGGAGGGGGACGCGGCCCAGAGAGUCCCCAUCAAGCCCUGCUUCUUGGAGGAGGACGCCAUCGGCAACAGCAACAGCCUGAGUGUCUGCCGAGCAGGGGCAGGGGCAGGGCCAGAGGCCAGCCACGGGGACCCAGGGGAGCCGGCCGAGGACGCGGCGCCCGGGUCCAGAGCUGCGGAGCCCAGAGGCAAGUUCCCAGAUGGCGCUGGUCGUGCUGACCCCGACAUGUCCACGUUCACCUCCCACCUGGAAGCCAUGACUCUUCAAGACCGGGAUUCAGAGGCCCCAGAGGACAGCCCCUGAGUGGACUGGCCCCAGCACAGGGUCCGGGGGGAGGUGGGGUUCCGAACCAAGAGCCGAAGGUGGACAAGGCCGGGAGGGAGCCAGCGGCGCCACGACCCCCGCACUGUACAGCUGUGUCCCAUAAACGUCACUGCUGACCUUCUAGCCUCCUGCCCGUGGCCAGCAUGAGUGAGCACGGGGGCUGGGUCAAGGCUGGGUCUGCAGUGCGACCCCCAGGACCCUCGGGUGCAGAGAGCAGUGGGCUGAUGGGAGGGGUGCUCCGGCAGCCGCAGGGCCCAGGCCGCACUCCCCGCAUCCUGCUGGACCACUUCGCAUCGGGUCCCACUCUCUCCUCACUAAGUCCUGACCUUCUGGGGGCGGGGGGGGGGGGGGGGAGGAAACGAGCGGACCACGUGCGCCUGGGACUUGGGCGGGACACCGCGUUCUGAGCGAACCCAGCCACCUGCACACAGAUUCCAGGCAGACGGGCAGGUCCUGGGUUCGCUAGGGCCGGGGCCUUUCCCACGGGCUGGUGUUGCCCGGCCUUCCGGGGACAAAGUUAUCUUGGCCAGCAUGGUGGCCUGGGCCCCAAAUCACUCUCGCGCUAGCUAUCCGGUUUGCGAACCUGCCGCCGGGUCCAGGGGAGGACAUGGGCUUCGGCUCACUGCUCCUGGCUCUGGCUGCCCUCCGUGGUGAGCGGCACACCCACAGCUUGCUGCCACGUCGGCCCGAGGUCUGUGGUUAACCAGGUCCUUGUCAGCACGAUCAGAAAGCAUCUCAGAGCCCAGCCCCGGCCCCCACACCAGAGCUGCUCCGGCGAGACUUCUCUCCGUGUAAUUAAUUUGUCAUAAACAUGCUGACAAAGCGUGCGGCAGUUAAUGGGGACUGGAGGUGAAGGGCAGCUCUGGUCUCGUCGGGAAGAAAAUUAGCUAGCUACUGUCAGCAGCGGAGAGCGGCUAAGCCUGUCCAUCCCCCACCCGCUGCCCCUGGCUCGCCCACCCUCCCUCACCCUUCAGGUGCACAGAACUUGCAGCCUCCGAAGUUGGACAGUGGGGGGGGGGGAAGGGGGGGCGCGGGUUACCCCAUGAGUUAGAAGUGCUUUUCCAAAAGCACCACGGCCUGUUCCCAAAGGCAAUUCUAUUUUCUCACCCCAGCUUCCCUCCUCAUCGCAGGUGGGCCCAGGAGGGCUUAGGCCAGAAAUAGAGUCUGGGCGGUGAUUCAAGAGCAUCUGGGCUGCAAGCGACAGAAACUUAGCUCGCCUGGGCUUUUAAAAGGGAGCCUGGCCCUGGCCGGGUUGGCUCAGUGGAUGGAGUGUCCGCCUGCAGACUGAAGGGUCCCAGGUUCAAUUCCAGUCAAGAGCACAUGCCUGGAUUGUGGGCUCGAUCCCAGUAGGGGGUGUGAAGGAGGCAGCCAAUCAAUGAUUCUCUCUUGUCAUUGAUGUUUCUAUCUCUCUCUCUCUCUC